AAUUUCUUGACCUUGCGUGGUUGCGGGAUUUUGAUUAUUUAUUCGAGAAACCCAGUCAUUGCAUACUCAUAACAUGGGUCAAAAACGCCAGCGCGAGGCGAAGGGCGCCGAUGUUCAGACGAAAAAGCAGAAGAAGAGCGCCCAUGCCGAUGUUGUCACCGUGAACGACCUCAACUGGAAGGAGGUCGCACUUCCGGAUCGGAUGGAGGAUGCAGGAGGCUUCUUUGGGCUGGAAGAAAUAGACGGUGUCGACGUCAUCAAGGGAAGCGGGGAGAUCAGGUUCAAGGCUGCUGCUGGCAAACCACCAAAGUCGAUUUUGAAGAAGAAAUCCGCAGAAGAGCUGGAUGAAGAAGCCAAGUUCGACGACGAGUGGGCUGGGUUUAGUGACAAUGAGCCCGAGGAGAAAACGGAAGCGCCUGCCACGGAAGAACAAACCGAGGAGCAAGAGUUCCCCGAGGCUCUGGUGACAGAUAAGAAGCAGGAGACCAAGGACAAGAGGAAAGAGAAGAGGGAUAAGAAGCGACAAGAAGCGAAGGAGGCGAGAAAACUCAAGGCCGAGACGAAGCAGAAGGCAACACCCAACCAAGAAGACAAAAGCAUCAAGCCUGGUCUUUCCUUUGCAGCUCUUGAAGACGAGGAUGAGGAUAACGGUGUCGACAUUUCCGAGUGGGAGUCGCUGGGUCUCUCUCCCGAGGUGCUUACCGGUCUCUCUAAGAUGAAGUUCUCUACGCCCACGCUGGUCCAGAAGUCCUGCAUCCCUCCCAUCCUCGACGGCCAUGACGUGGUAGGAAAGGCAUCCACAGGUUCCGGAAAGACCUUGGCUUUCGGCAUUCCGAUUAUUGAACACUAUCUGGAGAUCAAGCGUACGCAGUUGCGUGACGGGGCCCAAAAGAAGAAGAAGGAAGAUACGGACCCUAUUGCUUUGGUUCUCUCCCCCACUCGCGAACUGGCACAUCAAUUGGCUAAACACAUUGGUGAUUUGAUUCAGCAGUCGCCAGGUGCCAAUGCACGUAUCGCUCUGCUGACCGGAGGUUUGUCUCUGCAGAAGCAGCAGCGCCUGUUGGCUGGUGCGGACAUUGUGAUUGGAACGCCUGGUCGAGUAUGGGAGAUUAUGAGCACGGGUCAGGGUGUAAUCCGCAAGAUGCAGGGGAUCAAGUUUCUUGUCAUCGAUGAGGCGGACCGGCUACUCAGUGAAGGUCACUUCAAGGAAGCCAAUGAGAUUAUCACUACUCUUGACCGCGUAGUGGAUGGGGACUUUGAAUACGAACAGAAGGAAGAGAGCCAAGAGGAAGAGAAGAAGAAGAGCGAGAGGCAGACCCUGGUCUUCUCGGCUACCUUCCACCGGGAUCUGCAACAGAAGCUUGCCGGCAAGAGCCGCUGGACAGGAGGCGAUAUCAUGGACAAGAAGGAGUCUAUCGAGUACCUUUUGCAGAAGCUGAACUUCCGGGAAGAGAAGCCCAAGUUCAUCGAUGUCAACCCCGUCCAGCAGAUGGCGGAAGGACUCAAAGAAGGCAUUGUCGAGUGUGCGGCCAUGGAAAAGGAUCUCUACCUCUACACGCUGCUUCUCUACCACCCCAAGCACCGUACCCUCGUCUUCACCAACUCCAUCUCGGCCGUCCGCCGUCUCACGCAGUUUCUUCAAAACCUUCAACUCCCAGCACUGGCCCUUCACUCCUCGAUGGCACAAAAGGCUCGCCUGCGCUCCGUAGAGCGCUUCUCUUCCCCGACCUCCGACCCCAGUUCGAUCCUCGUAGCCACUGAUGUGGCGGCACGUGGUCUGGAUAUCAAGGGCAUUGACUUUGUUAUCCACUAUCAUGCGCCCCGCACCGCCGACACCUACGUGCAUCGUUCCGGACGUACGGCCCGUGCGGGUGCCUCUGGCAAGAGUGUCCUAAUCUGCUCCCCGGAGGAGAUGCAGGGAGUCAUCCGUCUGGCGGCCAAGGUGCACGCCAACAUGGCAAACAGUAAGAAGGUGCCUCUCGAGUCUCUGGAGUUGGAUCGCCGGAUUGUGGGUCGCGUCAAGCCCCGCGUCAAGCUGGCGGCCAAGAUUUCCGACUCGACCAUUGCCAAGGAGAAGCUCUCCGCCGAGGACAACUGGUUGCGCAAUGCCGCAGAAGACCUCGGCGUUGACUACGACAGUGAAGAGUUCGAUGAGUCCGCGGGCCGGGGUCGCGGUCGCGGCAAGGGCCGCCAGGAACGCCAGCGCAAGGCUGGCGAAGUCACCAAGGGCGAGAUGGCCAGUAUGCGGGCGGAGCUAAAGCAGUUGCUGUCGCAGCGCGUCAACGUGGGUGUGAGUGAACGGUAUCUCACGUCGGGCCGGGUGGAUAUCGAGGCUUUGCUGCGCGGUGAGGGCAAUAGUUCGUUCCUGGGGCAGGUGGACGCAUUGGAGUUCUGAUCAGAGGAGGGCGAGAGUUUCUUGAUAUAU